AUGAGCGAGAUCUCAAAACCUCACAUCGACGGAAUCGAGAACGUGGACCAACUGGAGGAAUUCACAGAAAGCUUCCGCCGCGAUGAAGCCCGACUCGUCCGAAAGCUGGACUUGUUCAUUGCUCCUGUGCUGAUGCUGCUGAUGCUGAUCAGCUACCUAGACCGUGGGAAUAUCGGCUACGCAGCGACGCAGGGAAUGAAUGAGGACAUUGGACUAAAGGGGUCCGAAUUUAACUGUACGCCCCAGGUUGCCGUAUCAGUGUUUUAUAUAUUCUACGUGCUGGCCGAGUUUCCCGUCUCGUUGUUUGCCAGACGUCUGCAGUUCAAUCGGAUCAUUCCUGCUGCGACGGUCAGCUGGGGUCUGGUGUGUCUAUGCAACGGUCUUGUACAUGACUUUGGCGGCUUGGUUGCUUGCAGACUUGUCCUGGGUCUGACUGAAGGGUUUCUCUUCCCGAGUAUGACGCUGAUGCUGGCAACGUGGUUCAGGCGUGAGGAAUUGGCGACGAGGAUUUCGUACUUGUUCAUUGCAUCUGCCCUUGCUGGUGCGUUUGGAGGGCUUAUUGCAUUCGGGAUCCUGUAUAUGGACGGAGUGGCGGAUUAUCCUGGAUGGCGAUGGCUGUAUAUAAUCGAAGGCGCUUUCACAAUUGUUGUAGGGCUGUGCUGCAUAUUCCUUAUCCCGAAAAGCUUCGAGCAGGCAUACUUCCUCAAUGAAGAGGACAAGAGGAUUAUGAGACGGCGAGCAGAGGAUAUGGAAGCGUACAGUGGCGGCAAAGGGCACUAUGCAAUGAGCGAUGUGAAAGCAGCAGUGCAGGAUAUCAAGACGUGGAUCCAUGGAACGAUGCAAAUAUGCGCUGUGACCAUCCUCUAUGGAUUUGGCACGUUCCUCCCCGUUAUUCUGAAGAACGGAUUUGACUUUAGCACGGAGCAAGCGCAGUACCUCGUAAUCCCGGUAAACCUCUGGGGCGCAGCAAUCUACUUUCUCGGCGCCAUCCUCUCAGACCGUUUCAACGCCCGCUCCCUGGUCAUAGCCAUAACAGCACCCUUUGGGAUAGCCGGAUAUGCAAUCCUGCUAGCAUGGGAUGUCUCAGCAGGCGUACAAUACUUUGCUACAUUCCUAAUUGCCACCUCGUGCUUCCUAUGCGCGGGCACCAAUAUCGCCUGGAUGUCCGGGAAUUGUGCGCCGGACGGCAAGAAGGCGGCUAGUUUGGGGAUCCAGCUUACAUUGACGAAUAUUGGGGGCGUGGUGGCGGGGCAGAUUUAUCAGAGUGAGGCGGCGCCAAAGUAUGUCUUGGGGAAUGCGUGGAGUUUGGCGAGUGUGGCCGUUGUUUGGAUUGGGUGUGUGGUGCUGAGGUAUAUCUAUUUGUUGAGGGAGAGGGGGAAGCAGGAAAUGCGUGAAUCUGGAGGGGUUGAUGUUCCAGAGAGUUGGAGGGCUACUGAUAGGGAUGUGGACUUUAAGUACAUGCUUUAG